CCUAUAUCGCUCCGGCCGUGCCACUCUCUCCCCUUAACACCAGCUUACCAUCACUCCACUCCUGCACAGUCCUCUGCACCAGACACAGCCAGCGCACGGCGAGCGCGCGCGCGCGGCCGGCAUUGGCGCCGCAAGAUGGCGAGCGGCUCCGGGGAGCACUUCCUGAGGCAGCUGAGCUCCAGCAACGGGCUGCAGGCCGCGCAGGACGGUUACGGCGGCGGCGGCGGCGGCGGGAGGAGGAGGGGCUCCAGGCGGUGGUCCAAGAAGCGGGCCGGGAGAGGGUACGGCGGCGGCGGGAAGGGGGAGGCGGCGUCGUCCUCGGCGGCCGCGGGGAGGAAGCGGGUGAUGGUGGUGGUCGACGACAGCUCCGGGGCCAAGCACGCCAUGAUGUGGGCGCUCACCCACGUCGCCAACCGGGGGGACUUCCUCACCCUGCUCCACGUCCUGCCGCACUACGGCGCCGGAGCGGAGGAGGCGCCCUCCCUCGCCAACUCCCUCGGCACUCUCUGCAAGGCCUGCAGGCCUGAGGUGGAGGUGGAGGCGCUGGUGAUCCAAGGCCCCAAGCUGGGCACCAUCCUCAGCCAGGUGAAGAAGCUGGAGGCCUCCGUGCUGGUGCUCAGCCAGACCAAGCCCUCUACCUUCUGCUGGCUAAGCUGCUUGGCGCGGAGCAGCGGGGAGGAGCUGGUGGAGCAGUGCAUCAACCAGGCCGAGUGCCUGACGCUGGCGGUGAGGAAGCAGAGCAAGGGCGUCGGCGGCUACCUCGUCAGCACCCGGUGGCAGAAGAACUUCUGGCUCCUCGCCUGACCUGCCCAUCCGCCAUGUCCACGACCAUGUUUUUAUAGAGUUUGCUGCUGAGUUUGUCUGUCUAGUUCGUUCCUGCGUGAUCCUCUCAUAUUUUACUCCCGUAUAUCUGUCCCGUUCUGUGCUUUUUAACCCGUCGAUCGAGUAUAAAAAAUAAAAAAAGAUGUCCGUGCAGGCGUGCGGCAUGCGGCCGUGUCGUGUGUCGCUGCGGUGGAUCGUGCACGCUGCUGCCCCAUCGUGUUGUAAAAUGUAAAGUCUGAAAGAGUCCUAGGAUUUGACCCUCCUCCUACAGCCUUGCCGUCUUUUCAGUGUGUGUAAUUUGUACUGCCAACCUUUUUUUUAAUCUUUUCUGCUGCAAGAUUGUAAUCUGUACCUUGAUGUACCAUCAUCGUGUUGUGUUGCACAAAAGACUGAUGCUGUUGUUGAGUGAUGCUUGCUU